AUGGCCAUCAGCCAUGCUUUUGAGAGCGAGCUCCAGCCCGAGCUUGAGUCUGAGACUGAAGCUCUAAUUGACCCACAGCUUCGGCGAGAACCAGAGCUCGGAAUUGAGCUCUCUGGCUCGGGUUUCAAUUCCGAGCCCAGCUCUGGUUCUGAGCUCCAGAGCUCAGAAUUGAACUCUCUAGCUCGGAACUCAAUUCCGAAGCCAGCUCUGGCUCUAAGCCUGAGCCAGAGCCAGAGCCAGAGCUGGAUUCUGGGCUUCAAGUUCGAGCCAGAAUUCGAACCGGAAUUCGAACUGGAACUCGAGCUAGAACUCGAACUAGAGCCCAGCUCCGCCGAGCGCCAGAGCUCAGAAUUGAGCUCUCUGGCUCGGAACUCAAUUCCGAGCCCAGCUCUAGCUCUGAUCCUGAGCCAGAGCCAGAACUGGAUUCCGAGCCCCGGCGUGUGA